UUCGGGCCGUGCGUUGUCGCGGGGACCCUGUGGCACCGCCGCUCCUGGGACCGGGGGACUGGGGGUGUGCGGGAAGCCCGGUGCGGUGUAACUCUGGGCCUGGCGGAAAUCCUCUGCAGCCCGUGUGCGACCGGCGGCUGCACGCUGCCAUGCAGUGAGGGGAAGUGAGCGGCGAUCGGCACCCAGAGUCGCUCCGCCCGUGUGCCAGGUCCGGUGUUACGGCUCGGGAUAAGCGCCGGCCGUGUGCCAGGAGAGAAGAAACGCGCCGUCCUCCACACGCGGCUCACCGAGGUCUCCUUUGUCGCGAAGGCCUCCCGAGUUCGGGUCGCAGGAUGGGCUGUUGGCCCCGUGCGCACCGCAGGGGUCUGUAAGCGCUGGCUGUGAGCUGGGCCUGUCAUACUGCUCAGUACCCACUAAAUCUGAAAGGCCAGAGGACCAUCAGAACUUACCUUCCACAAGCCUCAUUUGGCCAAGACCAUUGUGCAUUACAGAUCCCCAAGAUGUUAAGUAUUAAGGUUUGUCCCUGUGAUUUUAUAGGAGCAGAAAUGAAUUCCCCAAGCAAAGGGCAAUGGCUGACCCAUGAAGAACUCACCUCACCUCCUUCUAUCCUUCAUUAGAAAAGGAUUUAAAGAGACAUGGAACUUGAAAGAAUCAUUAGAGACACACUGACAUGCUUCAUCCAGUCCCACAUCCCUGCUGCAGACCUCAGUGGGAUGGAUGAAGUUUUCUUCUCUUACAUUACGGGUGUCCUGGAAGAGCUGGGUUCACCAGAGUCCUCUGAGGAAACCUUUGACAUGGACACCUUUGUGGAAAUGAUGGAGGCAUAUAUCCCUGGCUUUGCAGAAAUUCAGAGUGGGAAUGUUUGUGAAAUGAUGUUCUCUCUCUCAGAAAGGCUUGGUGAAGCACGUAACAAAGAAAAACCUAGCCAAAAAGCUGUGGAAAGCAGAACAGAAGUGCCCUCUGAAGACCUGACCAAAGGCCAGGAGCCUGGAGCUGGAGUCUGCAAAGAUGAAAGGCUGUGCACACCUACAGACGGAGCUGGGGCACAGGCAGGCGAUGACUUGAAGGGUGGAGUGGAGCUGCUGCUGGAGAUGUUCCCGGCCUGUACUGUAAGCCAGGCAGAGAAGGCACUAGCGAUGGCCCUGGGUAACUUGGAAGAAGCAGUGCAGUUAAUUGUGGAAGACAAGGUGGAAAUCGGUACAGCAGGUGCAAAUGUGAAGGAGUUGGUGCGGCCCCGCAGAGCGCCCAACCAUGAGGAACUAAAGCAGGUUAUCUUACAGAAAUAUAUGAUGGUGGAUAGUGCAGAAGACCAGAAAACACAUCGACCAGCUCCACCGAAAGAGGCUCCCAAGAAGCUGAUCCGCUACAUCGAUAACCAGGUGGUGAGUACAAAGGGAGAGAGGUACAAAGACAUAAAGAAGCCAGAGAGUGAGGAGAUGAAGAAAACUUACAUCAGCCUCAAACCAGCCAGGAAGUACAAGUUCCACUGACGGCCAUGUCCUCCUGCUCUUCAGCAGCCACCUCACUGACCAGGUGUGGAGGAUGGACAUGUGGCAGUAGGGAUGAAGGGACUCCCCUACCCAACACUAACUGGAACUAACCUAGGAGCCAGGACACUGCUUUCAGCUUCCUGAACUAACCUAGCUGAUAAGGUCAAGUCUCCUCUCCUUGUGUAGCUGCCCUUCUGCCCCUGGGGCACACCACAAUGGUUGUUGGGAGCCUGGGCGUUCUCUGCUAUUCCUUGCAUGGGACAUUAGAUCUAAAAAUUGUAGCUUGUGGUUUUGCAGCAAGCUUUUUAGAAAUCUCUGUGCACUGUUGCUUUGAGUGCAAGUGUUAAUAAAGACAGUGUGACUUGGUGUGUAUUUCA